UCGUGCAGAGGGGCGGAGCGUGGGCCAAGGUGGUACGGCGCGGGCGGCUUGAAAGAGAAUGGCGGCGGUCCCCCUGGAAGAGAGUUUGUUGUCGGUGGAGGAGUCUCGGGGCAGUCCGGGGCCCGGUGAUCGGGAAGGCGCCCCGGCGGCGGCGGAGGAGGAGCCGCCCAUGGUGUUCCUGUGUGCCGGGUGCAAGCGCCCCGUAGGGGACACGCUGAGCUGGGAGACAAACGACGAGGACACCAAUUCCAUCCUGCUGAAGAGUGUUACUCUUAAUGUCUCAGUGGACAAGGAGCAAAAACUUUCAAACCAACCAGGCGAAUAUGGCUGUAUGCUUGAAACCUUAUUUUGCACUGGAUGUAACAUGACACUUGGAAGCAUUUACAGAUGUACCCCAAGACAUCUUGAUUAUAAACGAGAUCUAUUUUGCUUAAAUGUUGAUUCCCUAGAAAGUUAUACUCUAGGAUCCUCAGAACAAAAAGCUGAAAUUGGCGAGGAGCCUCUCACCCUUGAAAGUCGUGCUAAUUUAGAAGAGUCACUAGGAAGGGCAGAAACAAUAUUGAAAGCAUUAGAGCAACGGUUAUCUGUAGUUGAAUCAAGUUUUGCAUCUCUUCACAACAUUGGCUGAAAAAAUCAUGACUACUGUGAAUGUUAUUAUUGAUACAUAAACCUGACAUAAUUUAAUGUUGGAAGAGUUUUGAAUCUGGAUGAGAGUUGUCCUGUUAAAAACCUGGAAUAUUGAUCAGUUUCCUGAAGGCUGAAAAUACAAUCCUUUGAGGAGGUAAAUCCUUUACUGUGGAGUUGAAGAGAGUCAUUGAAGAUUCUGUUCAUACAGUACUUCUAAAAAUAUUUUAACAGAUUUUCGAAAUGAGUAAAAUGCAGGUACUCUUAUCAGUUUUAUCACCUAUCUUUUGUCUUACAUUCUGUAUAACAGUUUCUGAUGUUGCAUUAGCAGCUUAGGGAGAAGUACGUCUAACCUAUUUCUUCUAAGCAAGGUGAUAUCAGGAGUUGGGGAGAUGGAUCCCUCAUAAAUCAUAACAUAAGACUUAAACCAUCUAUAUAUGAUAGCAGCUAUUUAACCUUCUACUGGUUAGAGAUACUCAGAUAAUGUGCAAAGGUAUAUCUGUGCCGUUUUGUUAAACUGAGUUAAUUUUUAUAUCUUUUGCCUCUACUGUUAAAUGUUUAAGAAUAAGGUUUCUAUCUUCCAGAAAAUUCAGCUUGUGGCCUGGUGAGAAAUGUGGAACUUAAAAAAAAGCAAUAUCUUGACCAUGUUAUGUAUUUUUGAAAGUAAAUUAACAAAAGAGUUAUCAAACUUGAGUUCGGUUUUGUAAUUUCAUUGUGUACAAGUAUUUAGAAAGGACUGUUUUCUAGUAUCUCAAGACUGCAAUUUUAGAAGCACAAUACUGGAUAAAUGUAAAUACUCAGUGAUGUAAAUGUUUCAAUAAAAUGCAUUUAUAAUUGAAUUGAAA